AUGUGUUCACCAUAUGGUAAGGUACAAACAAUCAAAAUUGUGGGUAGUAAAAAGAGCACCCCGCCAUCUAUUUACGCCUAUCUAAUUAUGGAAACUUCUGAAGCUGCUAUCCGUCUUGUGCAUGGCCUACAGGGUGUAAAGUUUUCUGAGAAUGAACUGAAAGUUAGACAGUAUGAAGCCAAUAGUAACCUUUCGAUAGUUUCGUCAGAAGUUUACUUUUCACGAGUUUUCGGAGGUGUUCACUUGGAAUUCCCUACAAAACGUUCUUUUUGA